AUGAAUGGUUGGAUAUUGGAAAUGUGGUUCUUUGCCAGUCUUCGUUACGACGGAGUAAACUUGUUUGACGAAAACGAUAACGAAUUUCAAACUUGGCCAGCAUCCAAUUUCAAAACUCUGGAUAUCAAUGCUUUUCCUGCUCUACCAGAAAAUAAUGGUGUUUGGUUUAAGCCAAACAAAUGGAACCAGGGAGGAUUUGAUGCUAUUUUCUUGGAUAAAGGAAAAGGGUUGUUAGAUUCGUUCAAUUUUUUGCUGACGCUAUGCCAAUCGCCUGAAUCGUUUGAGAUUACAUGCUUGGAAAUUAUCUUUGUUGUUGACCAAAAGAAACGCUCAACUUUCAAGGUAGCCGAACCAUCGGUACCAGGCAUGUUGACAGAUGUUGGUUGGAGACUCGGUGAAGAGUUGGAUAAAGUCAAAGUUGUUUUCAUAAAGGGAUGGUGCGAUUAA